UACACUAGAUCCCCAUUAGUGUCAGAAAUCCUGGGUGAUGCCCAGUUACUGUGUGAGAUAGCUAAAUAGAAGGCAGGGAUCAGUGCCUUCCCUCUCUGUCUACAGUACAGGUGUUAUUUGCUGGUGUGUGUUUGCAUGUAUUAGGAUUUUUAAUGUAUGUGCUUGUAUUAAGUGUGUGUAUGUGCUCAUAAUGGCUUUUGGUACAUUAGACCUGGUCAAUGUGCUCAUUUGUUCCUGUGUGAUCAGUUUUCCUGGACAACAAAGUGAGUUAUGUAGCCGGCUCUCCCUGGGCCUUAUCUUGAUUGGUUAGGGGAGGACAGGGUGGGAGAGGCGAUCUGUCGAUGAGGAUCCGCAGGCGCUCUCAGUUGCGCUGCAUCUAGGGAGAACAGACAGCUCCACCUCCUUCACAGAGAGGUCUUCAUGGACAGGAGGACUGGAACUGCAGCCGAGGACUUCUUCACCUAGGAUAAUCCUCCAAAUCAAAUCUAUCAUUAGGAGGUAACUUUUUUGACAAGUCAAAGAUCAGUUCAUUGAAAGAACCAUAAAGUAGCUUGGAUUCUUGGAAAAUUGUUGGAAAAGAUCAAGAGGAUUUUGAGGAAAAUUAGGGAAACUGUGGGAUAACAGCAUCUCAAAUGGGAGAAGAACAAUUACAGUUCUUGCAAAUCAUCCUCUAAAUUCAUCCAACACAUUCUGAAAAAAGCUUUCUGGAGCUACCUGCGAGGAGAUUAAGUUCAAAUCAACUGUACCUGGUGUGGCAAGGCGAGGGGAGCCGUGCUGAGUGGGCGUAAGGAGUUAAAACGAGGAUGACUUCAGAGCCGUGAGAGUGCAGGGGUGAGGUAUGAGGUGGCAAACCAGCUGAGAAACCAGAAACCACCUGCUUUCAAUGCAAACACACAGCACCAUGCCAACCCAGCUUCCAACCUGGCACAAGAGGACCCGGACCACAGCAGGAAACACAUUCCUGCUCUCACUCUUCUUUGUUAUCUUCAACCACCAGGUAACAGGCUCAGUCCUUGAAAGUCUGAUAGCUAAACGAACUGAAUACUGGGAAAACUGCAACAGAACUCUGACAACAAGCACACUCUCAGAAACUGGGAUCUAUUGUAAAGGAACGUUUGACAUGUUUGUGUGUUGGCCCCAUUCAUCUCCUGGGAAUGUGUCGGCCCCCUGUCCUUCUUACUUACCAUGGAUCAGCGUGGACAGCUCCAGGAAGGCACACCGAGAAUGCUUAGAAAAUGGGAGAUGGCGACAGAGGGAGAAUUCCUCCGAUCCCUGGAGGGAAGACUCAGAAUGUAAGGAGGACCAUUACUUCAAAGACAAGGAGGACGAAAUGCUUCGCCAGACAGCCCUCAGACUCAUCUCUGUCAUUGGCUAUUCCCUGUCCCUGUCCUCUCUCACACUGGCCACUCUCCUGAUGGGCAUGUUGAGGAAGCUCCACUGUACCAGGAACUACAUCCACAUGAAUCUCUUUGUGUCAUUCAUCCUGAGAGCCAUGGCUGUCAUUUCUAAGGAAAUCGUAUUAUACAUCAUGUAUUCCAACCUACCCAAGGACGACCAUGGAUGGAACUCCUACUCAAACUCUGCGAUAGUGUUGAUGUGCAAAUUCUCCAAAGUGUUCAUGGAAUACUUUGUGGCCUGUAACUACUUCUGGCUCUUGGUGGAGGCCAUUUUCCUCCACACGUUGCUCUUCACAGCUGUGCUGACCAAGAGACGUCUGCUGAAGAAAUACAUCCUGCUAGGAUGGGGAACACCCGUCUUGUUUGUUACACCAUGGGCAGUGGUCAAGAUUUUAUAUGAAAACACAGAAUGCUGGUCAAUUGUGAACAGAUGGUUCUGGUGGAUAAUAAGGGGCCCGAUUACUUUAUCAGUGCUGGUCAUUUUCUUCAUCUUCAUCAAAAUUCUGAUGCUGCUGCUGUCCAAGCUGAAAGCAGAUCAGGUGAAAUUUACUGACUACAGAUACAGCUUGGCCAGAGCAACACUGGUACUGAUUCCUCUGCUGGGAAUCCAUGAAGUGGUCUUCACUGUGCUGAUAGAUGAAUGUGUGGAGGGCAGCACUCGUUACGCCAAGAACUUCAUCAACCUCACCCUCAGCUCGUUUCAGGUCCAAGCUGAACUGAAGAAGCGCUGGCAGCUUUACCUGUUCACCAACCACUUCCAGUUCAGGAGCUGUUUUCGGGAUGUGCCCCUCAAGCACCUGUGGAAGUGCACUCGAGGGCACCGCCCAAAGUGCUCCCGGCAGAGUGACUCCUACGACGAGGGUGGCACCUCCACAACGCAUCCGCACCUGCUUCAGGUGGCUGUACAUGGAGGAGCUGGGGGGCUUGGACUAGGAGAGGUUAAAGGUCAGGGGUUGAAGGGCUGUGACACAACAGGGCUUGACUUUCUCACCAGGAAGAGCCUGUCCAGUAGUGAUGGAGAGAUAACGCUCGGGGAGACCAUGGAGGAAAUUCUGGAGGAGAGCGAGUUCUGAUCCCCACCUAACAUGGAUGGGUGCAUACAGAAAAACACCCGGAAGACUGAAAUAGUAAUUAAGAAACACAUUCUUCCAUGCUGGAUUACUAACCGGGCAAAGAUGGCAACUGCCCUAGGGCCCAGGUCCCCAGGUCCCCAAAAAGCCCCAGGUUUACUUUGUGUCAGUUGGUUUGUGGUAAUUUGAUUAAUUACAAAUUUGUUAGGGAACUUGACGGAAAGUGAACCACUCAAGUGCAACAUCAACUAAGUUGGGCCUUGUGGUCUUGGCCCUGUGUUAAAAUCUAGACCUUCAUUAUUCGUUUAUAUUGUGCUCAUAAGGUGUGUAUUCCCAAAUAAAUCUGUCUCAAAAUGGUUGACACACCUUAAAGGGACAGCUCACCCCAAAAUCGACUGUUUUGACUGUUUUGGUGUGGGCUGCGGUUAAUACGGUUAAACAGGAAUGGCAGACAGAUGUAGAAAAUUGUGAUUGUUAAAAAUAGUGAUCACUUUAUCAAUGGGACUUUUUACGCUCAGCAUGGGGUUGCCACUGUAAAUGCCAGGAAGUAACAUUUCCCAUUUCAUGGGAUCUUUAAUGGGAACUUAGAGACAACAGGGUAGAUACACACUGCACAGUGGGUGGGAGGUUUGAGUGUGUGGAAAGGGGGUCAACGGGGGCCCAACAACAACUUUUUGCCCUGGGGCCCCAUAACAGGUUAACCCGGCCAUGCAGUCUUCCCAGUGGUGAUUUCUGAAAACAUCAUGCAAUUUAGCGAGGUACUGUAUACUCCAAACUGGGAAUGUUGAGAGUUUGAAUAAGUCUCUGGGAAUAUAAGGGAGUUUCAGAAAAUUUGGCAAGUGGGUAACUUGUGGGUAAAUCACCAGACUUUUUGUACAUAUGAAUUGCAUUUGAUCAGUUGUAACGGAAACCAGACUGAUUACUGAGACAAAGGAAAGAAUAAAAUGUUUACUGCAGAUUUGCCAAAGAAUCAAAGAGUUAAAAUAGAAAGUUAAGGCAUUUUCCACUAUAAAUUAUUAUAUAAUAAUUUGUUUUUGCAACAAUCCAGGCCAAUCAUCUAUAAAGGCCUUAUUCAAAAGUUAUUCAUUUGACUUUGAUAAGUGCUCUACAGUUACAGCAUUAACAUACACUGAAUUACAUACAACUGCAGGCAUAUAAGGUUCACUUUGCGUAUUUGUACGCACAGUAAACCUCUCAGCGAAGCUCAUACUAUACAAGUGCAACAGUAUAGUGUUAAGCAUUUUUCACAGUUUUAUUUACCAUGUAAAAUAUAACAUCUUACUAUGUCAGGCCAGUUAUAAAUAUCCAUAUGACACAACAUCUGGAUUGAAAUGUGCAUAUAAAUACAAUGUAUUUGUUGUCGGAAUGUGAAUAAUGCGAAGGCUCUAAGUGCAGCAAGUUUUACAGGCUUUUCAUGUUUUCUAUUCAUAUGAAGCUUAAAAUGUAUCAACGGCAUUGUUGUACAGGUAAAACUAUCACACGAUUUGUACAUGUAUGUACAUAAAAGUAUGUGCACAAAUUAAACGUCACUUUAACUGUU